AAUAAUUAAAUCAGUGACAUUUAACUUCUAUAAUAAUUGUGUUUUAAAAAGUACAAAAUGAUGUUGUUAGUUUCAAAAGAAUGCAUUUGUACAAAACACGUGGAUUAAAAAGCAACAACAAUAUUUCGUUGGUGUCAUAAAUUAGGAAACAUAUAAUAAAAAUCUUAAAAAUAUUUUUAGAAUAUUAUACUUUUAUUACAUGGCACAAUGUCUUUUAUCAAUGAAUCGUCAAAUGACGUCCUGAAAUCAAAUGGGACGAAUUCUUCGUUUUAUUUCAAGAAUGAUGAACUCACAAGUGCACGCACGGAUGUUACUGUACCCAGUUUAGUGAUACUUAUCAUUGCCACUCUUGUAGGGACCUUCGGAAACAUUCUUAUACUUUUAAGUGUGUUCACACGUAAGAAUUUAAGAAAAGUUGAAGGAAUAUUUAUAGUUAAUUUAGCUAUGUCAGACCUAUAUGUAACGGCGGUGGCAGAUCCAAUGAGUAUUAUAGCAAAACUUGAAGGUGAAGAAUUUUUUGACGGAAUUCCUGGACUUUGUCAAACAGUUGCGAGUAUCUGCACGAUUUCAUGUGUGACGUCACUGAUGACGAUCGCUGCAAUGAGCUUUAACCGUUACGUUUUUAUAUGUCUGCAUGAUAAAUAUGAUCGAAUCUUCAAGAAAUGGAAUACAGUUUGUAUCUGUAUAUCGUUCUAUUUUAUUGGCGGAAUCCUUGUGUUGCUUAACUUUGCUGACAUUGGCGAUCACGGAUUUGACAAGAAGAGUUUAGAGUGCAUCUGGGAUAGAAUGGCAACUUACCCUUAUACGAUAUUUUUCUCAAUAACUUUAGUUUGGAUUCCUUCAGUUGUGACUGGAUUUUGCUACGUCAAAAUAUUUCUUUAUGUAAGGAGCCACAAGAAACGAGUUCGUGAACAAAGUCAUGCUAUUACUACAAGACAAUUCAAGAGAAAUUUUCAUCUGGCAAGGACAUUGUUUAUCAUUUAUGCUGUAUUUAUAACAUGCUGGGCACCGUAUGCUCUUUUGAUAGUAAUUGAUUCUAAAGACACAUUUCCGCAUGAAGUUCACUUGUAUAUAACAAUGUUUGCUCAUCUACACCCAUCAUUAAAUUGGUUGAUUUACCUUAUUUCAAACAAAAAGUUUGCCGAUGCCUACAAAAAUUUACUUAACCAAUGCGGAAUUUGUUAUUUCAAUAUUGUGGAAAAAAAUGGUAGUCAAAUUCCAGCUGCACAAACAUCAACAGUGAAACAAGGUGACCAUGCAAAAUUCAGGGGAAAAACAUCCGAAAAUGACACUUGCUCAAAAUAUCCUCCAAUAUCCUUUCUUUUUGAUUACAAAUCAGCUCGUCAGCAAGGAUGUAAUAGAAGAUUUUAA